AUGGUAAUUAUGAAAACUGUCGUCGUUCUCGUCGCGGUGUUGGUGAUGGCUGUUGCCAGCCCGCUGCCGCUGGUGCAGAUCAUAGUGAACAUCAAGAACCAAGCCAGUACCGUGAGCCCCGAACUUCCUGAAGUGGAAAUCCCAGGGCCCGUUCCCGAAAUUGAAAUCUCCCCAGAGCCUGUUAUACUUCCGCAGCCCGUACUCCCCGGAGGCGUCGCCCCUGAGCCAGUAGAAUUGCCCACGCCUAUUCUUCCCAUAGUAGUUGGCCCCGCACCACUGCCCGAACCAGUGUUGCCAGAAUCUAUUGUGCCGCAGCCAGUCAUCGCCCUAGAAGAUCUGAAU